AAGGAAGUUCCUUGAAGGAACCACUAUUGUAACAUUCGCCGCGACAACUAUACGUAACUUUGUUGUCCACAAAUAUAAUGCCUUGGUAAACUUGUGUACUUUAGUUUAGUUAGUGAAGAGAAGCAAACUUGUAAGUGAUUUUUAGCGCAUGCUCACUGAUUUGUUUACAUUCAAAAAUUGCAUUUUUAGAAUUCUAUUUGCGUGAUUUUUUAAGUAUAUUAAAAAGGUUUAUUAUAAUUCUAUCAUUAUGACAGCCGCCCAAGUGGAAACUAUAGAUUUUAAAUCACCAGAUUUUGAUUUAUCUAUAUCUCAAGAAGAAAGUUUGAGUAAAACUGUUAGAAUUGCUGAUAUGUCUGGUUUAAAUACCCCAAAACCUGUUUUGCAUUUGGGAUCUUCAACAGAAUUCCAAAGGCAGGGAACAGCUCUUCCAAAAACCCCAUAUAAACCUGGAACUGGGUAUAGAUCUGGAACCGGUUUUAAACCAACCACAAAUUUUAAGACAAAUGUGGCUAAACCUGGGACAGGUUUUAAACCUGGUACAGGCUUUCGUCCAGGUACAGGGGUGGACUUGGUUAAUAGACCCAUGACAGCAGUAAGGGGUGCUGGGUAUACCUCGCAUGGAAAACCAUUUGAUCCUCUUAAUCAAGCUGGAGCAGUACCUACACCACCUCUGGAGUUACAGAAAGAUGACUCACCUGAGGAAAAAACAAGGCAGCAAGAAAUAAAAAUAAUGCAGUUGGUCGAAGAAUCAUGCCUGGCAAAUGCUGAAGGUGAUCAUAGGAAGGCACUUACCAAAGCUAAAGAGGCUUCAAAUAAGGAAAGAGCCUUAAUAAAAAUGCAGGAAGUUGCUGGGCUUGGAGACCACCACAAUAUUGAUUUAACAUAUGCAGUACUUUUUACUCUUGGAAAUCAAUAUGCAGCAAAUGAACUAUACACAGAAGCUAUAAACACCUAUCAAAUGAUAAUUAAAAAUCGCAUGUUUUCAAACGCUCAUCGUUUAAAAGUAAAUAUGGGAAAUAUUUAUUAUAAGCAAGGGCAGUAUCAAAUGGCUGUGAAAAUGUUUCGUAUGGCUUUGGAUCAAGUACCGUCAAGUCAAAAAAAUCUUAGAAUAAAAAUAAUGCACAAUAUUGCUCUGGUUUUUAUUAAAAUGGGACAAUGGGAGGAAGCGGUCUCCAGUUUGGAGUACAUUAUGAGCGAGCAAGCUUGUCACAGGGCCGGUUUACACCUGAUAGUUUGCUGUAGAGCUUUAGAGGAUAGGGACAGAAUGAAAACUGCAUUCUCUAUGCUUUUGGCUGUUCCUUUGGACGUUGAAGAUGAUGAUAAAUAUAAUCUUGAACAGGAUAAUCCUGAAGAUGUAAUAAUUGCUUUCGCAAUUCAAAACGAUGAUCUACAUAAACAUGAAUCCGCCAAGCGUAAAGAUGCUGAUUUCUGUAUAUUAACAGCUGCAAAACUUAUAGCUUCACUAAUUGAAGAUACAUUCAGCGAAGGGUAUGAUUGGUGUGUAGCUGCAAUAAAAAAUUCCGAGUACGCGAAGCUAUCUUCGGACUUGGAGAUUAAUAAAGCGGUGAUGUUUUUAAAGCAAAAACAACUGCAAGAAGCAAUAGAUACGCUUAAAGCGUUUGAAAAGGAUUCCAAUAUUGCAGCUAAUGCAGCUGUAAACCUUAGCUUCAUAUAUUAUUUGCAAGGUGACAUACAAAAUGCCACUAAGUAUGGGGAAGUUAUUAAAACAUCCAAAUCCGAAAUUCCAGAGGGAUAUGUGAAUUAUGGCGUUUGUAUGAUGGCAAAGAGUCAGUUAGAUGAAGCAGCUGCUUGUUUUAGAAAAGCACUUGAACUGAACUCUACUCAUUUUGAAGCUAUUUACAAUUUGGGUUUGACCUUGAAGCGCCAAGGCCACUAUCAAGAAGCACUUAGUUGCUUCCAAAGAUUUUCUGGAUCCUUGGCCUUACUACCUGCAGUGGUUUACCAAGUAGGUAAUCUGCUCGAGUUGAUUGGAGACGUGGAAGCUGCAGCGGACACAUAUCAGCAGCUUCUAGGAUUGACCCCGGCAGAUGCGAGUGCCCUUCAAAAAUUAGGUGAACUGUAUGAUCACGAAGGGGACAAACAGCAGGCUCACCAUUAUCACGUUGAGCAAGUACAAGGUCUUUCCAAAGUCCCUAUACAAGAGGCUUUCUAUGCAACUCAACUUUCUUUGUAUAAUUUUUGUGUUACUGAUAGGCAAACCUCUGAUCCUGUGUUUUACACCUGGUUGGAGACUCAGGCAAAUAGAGGCUCAAACGAGAUAGGAUCGGCAGUAUACAAUUUUCUUAUGAACGCUUACCUACCUCAAGAUUGUGAAGUUAUAAGACUGUUUUGUGAUGGGUGUUCUGGACAAAAUUCGAAUGUGUCGUUCAGAUAUUACCCCGGAAAUUUAUCUGUGAUUGAUUGGUUGGGUUCGUACUACAUUGAAAUGCAGGUGGUUGAAAAAGCCUUGGCUUAUUUCGAAAAGGCUGCAGUUAUGCAACCUAAUGAACCUAAAUGGAACAUGAUGGUGGCUGGUUGCCACAGACGUAGCGGUAACAUGCAUAAAGCGCUUACAUUAUACCAGGAAAUUCACAAACAGUUUCCUGAAAAUGGAGAAUGUUUAAGGUUUUUAGUGAGGCUUUGCAAUGAUUUGGGUAUGAGAGAAGCUCAAGACUAUCUAAUGGAACUUAAACGUCUUGAGAAGUCCAAAGAAGUCAGGGAACGCGUUAACAGUAGUAGGCCUGGGUCCAGGCGCAGUAAUAGCGGUCUCUCGUCCAGGGCCGGAUCGGGUUUCACUUCGGUGCCCGAGAAUGGUUUAAUAAGAAGUCCGCUUGCUUCUGCCAAUAGAAAUUUAAGAUCAUCGCGCAUGAUGCAAAUGCAUAACAGUGCCGGAAGUGGGGAUUCCGGUUUUGCACAGUCUGCUGUUGAUGGAAGUUACACUGACCCAUUGGGGCCUCAGCCUAUACGCCCCAGAACUGGAGCUGGAAAACCUUUGGAUUUUGAUGAUUUUGGCAAUGAAGAACUUGGUGAUGACCUAUUACCAGAAUAAACAUGUCAUAUUUUCAAAAUCACAUAGAUCUCGCUAUUUUCGUAGUAAUUUAUAAUCACAAUUAAAUUAAAGUUUUAUUGAAAAUAAAAACAUUUCUAUAUGAUAAAUAAAAGCUUUUAUUUGUAGUUAAAAUAAAAAAUAUAAUCAUUGAAACAAUAUUACUAAUGAAUUGUUCAUUACGUAAUAAUACUAGGAAAAUUAUUAUAAAUAAAUUGUAAUCCACUGUACCAUGGGUAUACAACAAAUACAAAUUAUACAAAAAUACUGCAAUUUCAAAGAUUUAAUAAAACAAUAUCUACAAAUAAAUAAAAAUAAAAUACAUAUACAAUCACUGGAUAGCUCACAAAUUUUGUAAUACAUACAGAAUUGUUACAAAUCCCAAACCUCCUUUAUAAAAUAACUUUUAGGAAAGGUAUAAUUAUUAUUUUUACUUGUUGGCAACUAAUUGAUGGAUAGAUUAAAAGAUAUAUUAAUUAACUAAAUUUAUUAAGCAAAUUUAGCAAAAAAAUAGGUUGCUUAUAUCAAAAAAGGAGGUUAUAUUCGCAACGCCGCGUCAAUAGGAUAAAUAAAUAUAAAAUAAAAAAUAUAGUUUGUUUAAAAUGUCUACUGUUAGGUAUUAGUUAUAAGAAAUUUUUUUAAAUAAAUUAAUAAUAACAAUAAACAUUUUUGUAGUCAAAAUGACCAUCACAGGUUAAAUAAUAACUAUAAUAAAUUAAUUAUUAACUAAUUGAUUAUAACAUCAAUUGUUAAUAUUUUCCGUAAAUCUACCUAAAACCAUGGUCCUCAAUAAAGGACCAACUUCUUUAGGAUCUUGUAAUACUUCAACUAACAUUUUUUCUAUGUUCCUCAUUAUAGAAACUUUUUGGUGAUCAUUAAGUGGAUAUUCUAUAUUAGUUGGUCCACCCUAAACAAAACAGAAUAUUGUGUAAAUAGAUAUUGAUAAAACAAAAUUAAAUGAACUUACUUUAAACCAAAAGUUAAUUGUUAUUGUUGGACCUCCACUCAAUAAUGAUUCAACGUGAUGCCACCAGUAAAUAGGUAUAUACAAAACAUCUCCAGGACCUAGUACAGUUUCAAAUCCUUUAGCUUGUUUAAACUUUGGAAAUUUAUUGUAGUCUGGCUUUUCAAAAUCAACC